AUGUGUCCUGACACAUCUUCAAGUGCAAUCUAGUUGUUGUAUCUUCGUCAUUUCGAAGAUCUUGAGGCAGUGCGUACUUUCAGUUGGGGUAGUGCAAUUCUUGGAUAUUUGUAUCGUGAGCUAUGCACUAGGGCUUUACUUAGGAAAGUUGUGGAACAAGGCGACACUGUUGAGUUGGAUAAGAGGAAAUCUAAUCUAGGUGGUGCUCUUACUCUGUUACAGUGUUGGGCAUGGUCGAGGAUACCUUUACUCGCUUCAGCAAUACUACCAGUAGUAGAAGAUGAUCCCCGUCGGCUUGCAUAUCCUCACCCUCCUUACGGUGCACGGUAAACAUCUUAGUACUAAUAAUUUAUUCAUAUGAAGGUUAAUAUAUUGACUUAGCAAAUUUUCAUAUGAUAUAACAGUUGGAUCAGACCUACUAGUUACACUCGGUCCUUGCGAAACAAUAUACGUAUUUAUCGUACGACGCUUGAUCGGAUGCUCUGGGAUCAGGUUAUUUAUAAGUUAACUGCAAUUACGUUAAUGUUUGUGGUCUAUUUAACAAUAUAUUCAAAAAUAUAUUUUUUUCUAGUUUACAUGGAUGCCUUAUAGUGAACUAGACCUUGAGUUUGACGCUUUACUUGAGUAUCCUGAGAUAGUGCAUCCACAGUUUUGGUUGUCGAGUUGUCCCCUUAUAUUUUACGAGAGAGUUGAGAUGCAUCGUCCGUAUAGGGUGCUACGUCAGUUUGGGAGGAUACAAUAUAUACCACCACAUCCUACUGAUCACGAUAUUGAGAUUAAGUUGCAUUCUUAUGAUCGUCGAGGUGCAUGGGGUAGAGAUUGGGCUCGUUUUCACCGUAUCUAUGUUGAUAGAUGGCAUGGCCGACUUGAUUCUCCCGUUGACUAUCCAUUUAUUGAGUUUAGUGGGCCUCAGACAGAUCCAGGAUACUACGAGUGGUAUGAGAGGAACACACGUCGUUUGAUAUCACCGAUAGACAAUCUUGAUGAUAUCGGUUUUCAGGUCGGAGACCCGAUUUUACUGGAUCUUGUGGUCAGUAUUUUUCUCAAAACAACAAUUACUUUCGAUGUUUUUCAAUUUGUUUUUUCAGUUUUUUAAGUUCUUAAACUUGUAAUGCCCUUUAUUUCAGGGUAAUCAACUUAUAUCCAUGAGUCUUGCUGCUAGGGCAGUUUCUCGAGAUGACGAUCGGAUAUAUGAUCUGUAUCAGAACAACGCUACACGAAUGUAUGCAGCUGGGACUCAACUUCUACGUAGAGAUGGUGCUUCGUCCAGCUUACCUCCGAUACCUACCAUACCUCCUAUACCUUCUCCGCAUCGAGAUAGACGUACCAGAAGAAGGUCCAGCGCUGCCGAAAGAGCUACUGAAUUGGAGCAUGACGUGAGACAGACGAGAGAGGGGAACUAUUAUGCAUCUACAUCUCGGGUACCUCCAUCUGGAGAUAUUGCCGGUCCAUUUGCUUCUCAUACACCCUUUUAUGCAGAUGUUUCUGCGCAUGGAGGUAUGGACGAUUUUUUUACUUCACAGGGAUUUAUGGAUAUGUUCGGUGCGUCUACAUCUCAGGUACCCACAUUUACAGAUUUAGUUGGUCCAUCUACGAAUGAUUACGUUCCAGAUAUGCCAUGGUCCGAUUCUCUAGCUACCCCAUAUCCUCCUGCUAUUGAUAUUCGGUUCUCUUCAUGGGGUCCACAUUUGGAGCUCAAUUUGGGAUACUCAAGUCCCCAAGAGCGGAUCCGACCACAAUAUAAUGUUUCUCAUGUUCCAUAUCCACCGGAUGGCACCCAGUUUGUUGAUGAUGUACCGGCAGAUCCUGAAAUUCGUCGAGAUGGUAGGCCGCGUAGGACUAGACGGGCACUUGCAUGUGGCACUGGUUCACAUAGGCACUGACUUCAUAGUGCCAAUUUUAUUUUCUUGUACUCAUUUUG